AUGAGUCAUCAGCUCACACAGGAUGUGUAUCAAAUAGUCGAUGGAACAAAAGUUCCUUACCAUUUCAACGCUGAAACAGUUCGCUCUGCGUUAAAUUAUGAAGCCCAACCAGAUGACAUUUUCAUCGUUUCAUUCCCAAAAUCAGGCACUACUUGGAUUGAAAAUGUUGUUUUCGGCUUGCUCAAUGACGGAAAGGCAUUUGACGAUGACAUGGGAUAUUAUUUGUCGCAAACACCAUACGCUGAGCGAUUCGGUCAAAAUUCUAUCAUGGGAAUGGUACGGCCAGGAUCAAUUAAGAUGCAUGUACCAUUUAACUACAUCCCACAUCACCCAAAAGCGAAAUACGUUUGCAUCAUUCGUAAUCCCAAAGAUGUUUGUGUUUCUUUCUAUCACUUUGUUCGUGAAAUUCCACUAUAUGCGCAUUUCAAUGCAAAAUUUAACACAUUUUUCGAGGAUUUCAUCCAUGGUAACACUCCGUAUGGUGACUAUUUCGAGCAUUUGCGCUCUAUAUGUGAUCAUAAGGAUGAUACUAAUGUUCUAUUGAUUUCCUAUGAGCAGAUGCAAGUAGACUUAACUGGAGUAGUUCUUAAAGUGGCUGAAUUUCUCAAUAUCAACCAAAACAAAGAGGUACUUGAGAAAAUAUUGGAGCACGCUUCGUUCACCUAUAUGAAACAAAAAUUUGAUAAAGCACACAACACUUGUCACGCUCAAAAGUCUGAUAAAUCACAGACAUUUAGUUUUCCUUUGACAUUUGUGCGAACAGGAGUCGCCGGCAAUUGGUCAUCACAGAUGAAUGAUGAACAAGUUCAACUGCUCGAUCAGAAGAUGGCAGAUUUUAUGCGAGAAAUACCAGGAUUAAACGAACUAUUGUGGCCGAAAGCAAAACUGGAAGAACACUAG